GCGGGGCCACAAAGGUCCCGGCCAGUGCUACGAUGGGUAGCAGAACACCUGUUAACAGCUCACAAAGACAACGGAUUUGACAGGAAACUGAAGACACUAAAGAUGGACUGGUUCCACUGCAACCAGUGUUUCAGAAAGACGGGGUCAAAGUUUGCUGUGUCCAGCUGUGGCCACAUCUGCUGCGAGGCUUGCAUUAAACCAAAGCAGUGCAUCGUGUGUGGAGCGAGCUGCAGCUACCUGCCCAUCACUGAUGAGAUGAAGCCACAGGAAAAGGUGUUUUUCAAGGAUCCURCAAAACUCAUUCAGUCGAGGAUGGCACACUUAUCCCAGAUUGCCAUUUUCCAGCAGACGCAGAAGGACAGAGUCAUAACUCACUUUAAGAACAAGUCCUCUGAGCUGGAGAGGCGUCUGAAGGAAGUCACUGAGCAGGGCUACAGGCAAAUCUCUGAGCUGAAAAGAGAAAACGCUGAAUUACAAAAGCAGCUGAUGGAGCUGAAAAGAGAAACAGCAGAGUUAAAAAAGCCACUCUCUCAGAGGAGGGUUUCUCCUGGACAAUUUCAAACCACUGGGUCCCAGAGAGUGUCGCUGCCCGUGGCUGUUACCUCACCAGUUACCCCUCGAUCAAGAACUAUAAGUCAUGYAAGCUCAGCCGAGUCCCAGAGGUGGACCAGAGGUUUGUCUCUCACAACUCCUGGAUCAAUCACCUCCAUUUCUAGCCACAGCUCUCUUCUCGAACACAGAACACCUUCAUCUUUCAGCACUCCUACAAGAGCUCAGACUCCUGUUUUCCAGUUCCCAUUUAUGAACGGAUUGUCAUUACAGUCACCCAGACAAUGAUUAGCCAACUCUGGGAUGUUUGUUUGGUCUGACAUUAGUCACACACUUGUCAGACACGUUUUGUUAUUAGAGGAGAAUCUGAGUUUUGCUUCGCUAAAAAAAAAUAAACAGUUGUCAGCUGUUUAAUUUACCUGGUUUAUAUCGUCGUUGUGUUCUUUUAAGGAAUUAAAAUAGCAACUGAAACUUUGA